CCUCUCUCUCUCAGUCCGCAGAGAGGAGCAGGCGGAGCGGCAGGAUGAGCGGCGCAGCGGCGCGGAGUGAGAGAUAGAGAGAGAGUGGGAGCUGCUGACUCGGCUCUGGAGGGGAGAUACAGCCGGACAUGGGGAACGCUCAGAAAAAAGAGGGAGGGUCCCAACACUCCCGACCCGGGACCCCCGGCUCCAACUGGAGCUCCAGGUCACAGAGUUCUCCCGGGACUAAGCCUGAGGUUAAUGGGACUCAUCCUGUGGAGAGGCGGGUGGGGGAGGAGAGCCGGGGCAUUAGUCCUGCAGAGAGCAGCGGGACGGGGGCAGAAAACUGUAACCUGGACGCUCCAGCCGGAGCCCUGCCCCCUCCCCUCGCCCGGCUGAAGAACGAGGGAAAUCUGCUCUUCAAAAACGGCCAGUUUGGAGACGCGCUGGGGAAAUACACACAGGCUAUAGAGGGCUGCGAGACAGCAGGUAUUGACAGUCCUGAAGAUGUGUGUAUUUUGUACUCAAAUAGAGCAGCUUGUUACCUCAAAGAUGGAAAUUGUACAGACUGCAUUCAGGAUUGCACCAGAGCCCUGGAGCUCUGCCCCUUUUCCCUGAAGCCCCUCCUGCGCAGAGCCAUGGCCUAUGAGUCGCUGGAACGCUACAGAAAGGCCUAUGUGGAUUACAAAACUGUCCUGCAGAUAGAUGUCAGUGUACAAGCAGCUCAUGACAGUAUCCACAGGAUCACGAAGAUGCUGAUCGAGCAGGACGGUCCAGACUGGAGAGAGCAACUUCCGGAGAUUCCUGUGGUUCCACUGUCUGCGCAGCAGCAUCGCAGGGACGAGCCAAGUGCUGAGGUUCUUCAGGCCAGAGCGGCCAGAGCAGAGCAGGAGAAAGCUAGACAAGCGGAGGCUCGCUUCACUCUGCUGAAGCAGGAGGGCAACGACAUGGUGAAGAAAGGCCAGUUUGAGAGCGCCAUAGAAAAAUACAGCGAGUGCCUCAAGAUCAAAUCCAGUGAGUGCUCCAUCUACACCAACAGGGCAAUAUGUUACCUCAGACUGGACCAAUAUGCAGAAGCCAAACAGGACUGUGACACUGCACUGCAGAUGGAGCCAACAAAUAAGAAGGCGUUUUACAGACGGGCUCUUGCACACAAGGGUCUAAAGGAUUAUUUGUCUGCCAGCACUGACCUGCAGGAGGUCUUGCAGCUGGACCCAAAUGUGCGGGAGGCUGAACAGGAGCUGCAGGAGGUUACGGUUUUACUGAGGGAGAGUCUACUGACUGCUCAGGGCUGAUGGGGUUUGAUGGAGAUCUUGAAUGUGAUGGAAAACGGUGGGAAGAAGAAGCCAUCCUCCAUCAGAGCGAGAUACGGUCAGUCCUCCACCAACAGCAGCAGUCAAGAAGGAGCUCCAGCCCACAGAGUAUCCAGCUCAAAAGCAGAAAGGGAUAAAACGAAGAAAAACCACAAGCAACAUUUCAUCUGCUAAAGCAGCACCAGGUUCCCCUGGAGAAGAACAAACUGCCAGUUCUCUUAAAGCAGCUGGUGAAAGCGUUUGGCCCCCAGACUCAGCCAGCUAGACUUCCCCGAUUCAUACAGUAUAGAUGCAUGUUGAUUUUGCCACCUGUUAACUGUUGCUUUGAAUUAACUUUACUACAGAGUCCUGCUGGAUCUGGCUGCAUUUGGGACGUAUGUUUGGAAUGUUGGUCUGAAAGACGCACAGCAGCGUGUGUUUAAGACGUGCCUUCAUCCGGAACCACCACUACAGGCCACUCAGAGUACCUCCAGUAACUCAAACUGACUUUGUUCUCUCAGGAUCAGGGUUAAUGCAGUGCUGGCAACCGCAGCAGCGCAGUGGAUCAUUUUACUCCUCAUUUCACCGACACGCAUCUCAUGCUUCCAGAUUAAAAAGUAAAAACAUGGCAGGUGGUUCCCAGUGCGAGAAAUGCUGUUUAAUGUGGUUCAGCAGCAACAGAACAGCUCUGUAAAUGUGUAAAUGGGUCAGUUGUGGAUUGGUUUAGAAGGUGUUUGAAAUGCUGAAUGUUGUCUUUUAGGAUGUGAGUAGAAUGUAAGAAAUUCAUUUCUGCUGUAAAUUGUGCAAUAUCAUAAUAAAAGCUUUUUAAAGACUGA